AUGGUCGAGAAGCUACUUCAGACAGCCUCCCUGGCAGGCCAGCGGAGGAAUUUGAGGGUGGCCUCCAACUGCCUCCGGCGCGCCUAUUCCAUUUGCACCAAGCGAGCGGAUGCGGGGCUCCUGGCAGGACGUGUGGCACGGGCCAUGGUGGCAGUGCAGCUUUGCGCGUUGAGUUCCAAAGCGAAGCAACACGCCGAGGCACUGGAGGAGGCGUUAAAAGCCAUCAGGGAAGCUGAGGAAGUGUGGAGUAUCUUGCAAGACAAGAGCGAGGACCUUCAAACGCCCUUGGCGCAGCGUGCCCUGGUGGUGCUGAUUCAAGCCAAGCAUUGCGUCGCCAUUGAAUUGGAGUACACUCUGGCCGACAAGAUGCAAAGCAGCCAGGCCUCGAUGAUUCGGGAAAUGAUUCCAGCGUUGCACGAGGAGGCGGCCGCGUUGGCGCGGCUUCUGCCCGAGCGGAGCGCUCUGCGGAAGGUCUCCUUUCGCACCAAGGCCCAGGAGGCCUCUCGCCGCGCUGCCGAGCCGGAUGCCCAUGGUGCUCGCUGA